AUGGCGGCACUGCCUGAAACAUCUGAGGAUGUGUUUGCCUAUGAGGAUAAUUAUUGCCAGCUAGUCAUCUGCCAAACAGUCAAACAUCAACCAGCCUUUGGCCAACUCAUCUUCAGCCAACCAGGCAACAAUCAACUGUGCACAAAUCAAUCAGGUAUGAAACAAUCAAGCUUAUCAAACAUGAACCAAACAGGAAUAAGCCAGCUAGGCACAAGCUUACUUAACAUGAACCAAUUAGUUGGGAACCAACCAAAAACAAGCCUACAUGAUGUGAACCAACCAGGCGGGAAAAAAUCAAGUUUCAGCCAACCAGGCGUGAAGUUAUCACACAUGAAUUUACUAAACACAAAUCAACCAGACAUGUGGCAACCAAGCAUGAGCCCAACAUGUAUGAGGCAACCAGGCCCAAGACAACUAGGCAUGAAUCUACUGGAUAUAAACCAACCAAGCAUGAAACAACCAGGAAUGUGGCAACCAAGCACAUGCCAACCAUGUAUUAGAGAACCAGGCCCAAGCCAACCAGGCAUGAAUCUAUUUGACACAAACCAACCAGGCAUGAUGCAACGAAGCAUGAGUCAACCAGGUAUGAGAGAAUCAGGCCUAAGCCAACCAGGCAUGAAUCUACUGGACAAAAACCAACCAGGCAUGAGACAACCAGCCAUGUUACAAUCAAGCAUGAGUCAACCAGGUAUGAGAGAACCAGUCCCAAGACAACUAGGCAUAUUGCAAAGAAACAUAAGCCAACCAGGUGUGAGAGAACCAGGCCCAAGUCAACCAGGCAUGAAUCUACUGGACACAAACCAACCAGGCAUGUUGCAAUCAAGCAUGAGCCAACAAGGUAUGAGAGACCCAGCCCUAAGACCACUAAGCCUGUUGCAACGAAGCAUAAGCCAACCAGGUGUGAGAGAACCAGACCCAAGCCAACCAGGCAUGAAUCUAUUGGACAUAAACCAAUCAGGCAUGAAACAACCAGCCAUCUUUCAUCCAAGCUUGAGUCAACCAGGUAGGAGGCAAACAGGCCCAAAUCAACCAGGAAUCAACCUACUGGAUACAGUCCAACCAGGCAUCUUUCAACCAAGCAUGAGCCAACCAGGUAGGAGGCAAACAGGCCCAAAUCAACCAGGAAUGAAUCUACUGGACACAAUCCAACCAGGCCUGAAACAAGCAGGCGUGUGGCAACCAGGCAUGAACCAACCAGGUAUGAAUCUACUGGACAAAAAUCAAUCAGGCAUGUGGCAACCAGGCAUGAAGCAAGCAGACACCAGGCAACUAUUCCAGGACCAACGAAGCACGUGGCAACCAGAUAUAAGCCAACAAUUCCCAAGCCAACCAGUCAUGAACCAAACAGGCACAUGGCAACCAUACAAAAGCCAACCAGGCACCAGCCAAUCAGGAAUAAGCCAACCAGAUAUGAGCCAACCAGGCAUGAGCUUUUCAGGCAUAAGCCAACCAGGCAGGAGCCAACAAAUUUCCAGUCAACCAGGGCCAGUCCAAUUAGUCAGGAAUCAAUCAGGCAGGAUCCAGUCAGGUAUGAGCAAAUUCGAAAAGGCUAAAUCACCCACAAGGAAAUCAAGCAUGAAUUCUUUCCGAAUAAGACCUGCAGAGGCUCGAGACUGCCCAGAAAUUCUGCGGCUGAUUAAAGAAUUGGCUGCCUGUGAAAAUAUGUUAGAUGCAGUGAAGUUAACAGCAAUGGAUUUACUGAGAGAUGGCUUUGGGGAGAAUCCCCUUUUCUACUGUCUGAUUGCUGAAGUAAAAAAUCAUCAAAAACCAUCAGGAAAAAUGGCCAUUGGAUUUGCCAUGUACUACUUCACGUACGACCCCUGGAUUGGCAAGUUACUUUACCUAGAGGAUUUUUAUGUCAUCCAAGAAUACCGAGGCCUAGGUAUUGGAGCUCAAAUGCUAAAGAGGCUAAGUCAGAUAGCCAUCAUGAGUCAAUGUAACUGCAUGCACUUUCUUGUUGUCAUUUGGAACCAAGCUUCUAUUGAGUACUACACAAGUCGAGGGGCUUUAGACCUUUCCUCUGAGGAGGGGUGGCAUUUGUUCAGGUUUAACAGGGAAGAACUCAUGGACAUGGCAGAGGAAGAAUGAAAGAGGCCUCAUAACAACUCAUUCCAACAUAGGCUCCAACAUCUGAAUGUCACCUGAGUCGAACAGCAG